AGUUUAAUUUUCACUGUGUAGAGCAGUGUUCUUCUCAGUGAACAGCAGAUACAUUUCUCUCAGAACAUCAUCACCUUCUGUUCCAGGAGAGACGGACAGCUGAAAUCCAGUCUAAAGAGGCAUUUAGCAACUUCAGCAGAUCAUCGGUUAUGUUCUAAAACAAAGGAAGAGCAUUUCUGCAGACGCAGCAGGGCUGAGGCAGGUUGAGUAUGUCUGCAGCUGGAGCCAUGGCACUCAGGUGGAUCAUUCUGUUCUAUGGCCUUGGACUGGCAAUAGCUAAGCUUACAGGUGAUACAGAAACUGAUGUUGAUGAAGGUCAUGACUGGGACAUCUUUGACAUCAAUGAAGCUGCGGGGCUGAACCUGCUGGAAGGAGAUAUCGAACAGGACAAAACAUUCAGAAACACCAUCAUAGGAGACAAGUAUCGCUGGCCAACAACCGUUCCCUACUACCUAGAGGACAGCCUGGAGAUGAAUGCAAAGGGAGUGAUCCUGAAGGCAUUUGACCAGUACAGACUGAAGACCUGCCUUGACUUCACACCAUGGAAAAAAGAGAAGAACUACAUCUCUGUGUACAAAGGGAGCGGAUGCUCCUCCCAUGUAGGCAACCAGCGUGUGGGGAAGCAGCAGCUGUCCAUUGGUAAAAACUGUGAUAGUCUAGGAAUUGUUGAGCAUGAGUUCCUGCACGCUCUGGGCUUCUGGCACGAGCAGUCCAGAGCUGACCGUGAUGAUUACAUCACCAUCAUGUGGGAAAACAUCAAAUCAGGUAAAGAGCACAACUUCAUAAAAUACAAUGACACAGUGUCCAGCGCUCUCGGCGUUCCCUACGACUACGGCUCUGUCAUGCACUACGCCAAGACAUCCUUCAGCAUCAGCUCCAAGCCCACCAUCGUCACCAAGAUCCCCCAGUUCAUGGAUGUGAUUGGUCAGAGGAUGGGGUUCAGUGCUAGUGACCUAACCAAGCUCAACCGUCUUUAUAACUGCACCAAGUCUUCUACCUUUGUGGACAGCUGUGACUUUGAGGAGGAGAACAUUUGUGGGAUGAUUCAGGCUCCUGGCCAUGCAAAGUGGGAAAAACGUAGUAGUGCCCGUGGAGGGCCUCAGACUGACUUCUCCAACAUGGGACAGUGCAAAGGAAAAGGCUACUUCAUGCACUUCAGCACAGCCUCUGCUACACGUGGUGCCCGUGCUGUCCUGGAGAGUCGUUGGCUUUACCCCAAACCUGGUGCCCAGUGUCUGCAGUUCUUCCUCUAUAACAGCGGGGCAGCUGAUGAUGUUCUCAAUAUCCAGGUGCGACAGUAUGACAAGGCCAACCCCAGCGGUAAACUAAAGCUCUUCAAGAGAAUUUCAGGAGGUGUCAAGGGCUCCUGGGAACUGCAUAACAUCAAUCUGAAUAUGACACAGAAGGCCCGUGUGGUUUUUGAGGGUGUGAGGGGAAAGAAACCCUCAAAAGGAGGUCUCUCUCUGGAUGACAUUAAUCUGUCAUCCACCAAGUGUCCUCAACACACCUGGCACAUACGCAACAUCAGGGGCCUGCUAGCCACCACACCAGCAGGAAAACAAAUGUACAGCCCUCGCUUUCUGUCACCAGCAGGUUACUCCUUCCAGGUAAGUGUCUACAUGAAUGGAAGUAGUAACCAUCCAGGGUACUUGGCCACCUUCUUCCACCUGACUUCAGGCCCCAAUGACUACAAACUCAAGUGGCCGUGUCCAUGGCAGCAGGCAACUAUGGCCCUGAUGGAUCAGCAAUCUGACAUCAGACAGCAAAUGAACAUGCACCAAAUGGUCACCACUGACCCCAACCAGAAGUUCUCUGAUGGCACUGAGUACUACUGGGAUAAUCCCAGGAAAGUGGGCUCUAAGGUAUGUGAGUCUGAUGGCAGUUUUUACUAUCGAGGCCCAGGCUACGGAACGACUGCCUUCAUCAGCCACAGCAGACUAAAAAAAAGAAACUUCAUCAAAGGAGACGAUGCCUUCUUCCUCUUUAGUCUGGAAGAUAUAUCUGAUCUGUUGGUAUCUCAGCCUCUUCCCCACUCUGCAGUCCAAGCUGAUGCAGGUCUGAUGAAGGCUGCAGACCAAGGUGCUCUGCAGGGAGCUGCUAAUAAUCCCAUGCUGCUUACAGCUGUGGCAGUGUCUGUGGCAGCAGCCAUGUUGGUGGUUUGCGUGCUGAUCAUAGGGAACACCUGGGCGAUGAGGAGGAGGAGACAGCAGCAGAUCGACAAGGUGGCAAUCCUACAGGAUAUGCCUGGAUUCAUGGAAUAGCAGCCGUCCCAACAUUUUACAUCUCCUCUCACCACUCCAUGAUGUCCCGGUCAAAGGAAUCUAUCUAUCAUAUUUCCAACCCACUUUGGAUCAAACCACGCCCACCUCCACAAAAUGAAGGUGGGCAACCAGAUGUCAAGGACUGAUCACUGACUGUCAGCCUACUGCUAGCCAGCCCUCUGCACAAUGCACCUACGGCCCCUCUGAUUUAUUCCCCCUAGAAAGUUUUGUUUUGGGGAGUUGGGAGGCAGUCCAACCACUGAAGAUCCAUGAAAUUCAUGGUGUGGAAAGUACAGUGACUUGGAAAAUACCAAUAUGGGAAGUCAAAGGGAAACUUUGAUUUUCAACCAGCUCUGUGUUACCGCAGUGUCUGCAGCCAAAAGUUAAGGCAACCUCCACCAGCAAAUGAGCUUCCAGUGCUUGUGGCACAAUGGAGAGCCAAACACCUGGAGUUCCCCGCUGCACAUACUGCCUACAUUGUGAUGACAGAGCUGGUUGGAAAUCUGCAGUUUCCCUUUUAACAACUGUAACAACUUAAAUUAGGCAAGUGACUAUCAGUAAAAAACAAUAGACUGUACAAUAAUGAUAAGCAACAUGACAGCUCCCCAAAAGUGAAGCCAAAAAAUCUUGAUCACCCCCUGGUGGCUGGCUGCAGUAUAGGUCAUAUUAACAUAAAUGUGAAGUGGAUGAGACACGGGCCAAACCAGAAAAAUCAAAGUACAUGUCACAUAAGUUUUUGCUACUGCGCAGACUCUAGCUCCAAAUUACAUCACCAGUAUGAGAUGGCAGCGGACGUAUCCAUGACAUUUUGGCUUCAUUUUUGUACGUAGGGAGUGGAGACACAUUGUCCAUCUUUAUAUACAGCGUAUGGUAAAAAACAGACACAUGCAUACAUGAAGGAGGUACAGGGACAUGGAAACCCAGUGUCCUGCCUCUAAGGAGAGGGAUGAGAGGGGCAGAGCUCCUCAGUGAUUUUUGGCAAUGGUGGUGUCCUAAGCCACUGAUGAACUCUAAUUAUCAACUAAUUAUCAGGCCUUGACAUUUGGCAGCCUGUUUUCAUCAUGUGGAAGUGGGCCUGGUGUCAUCUAAUUUUUAUGUCUAAGUUGGAAAAAUUAUAGACAUCUUCAGCCAGAAAAUUUCAAGCCUCAAACACUUCAAUUCCUGCAUUCUGGUGAAUUUUUACGCUCCAAUUUAUGGUGGAAAUGUUUUUAUUUACAUCAAGGAAAAUACAAAAUUCAGGUGUCAGGUAACAAUUCAAAAUAUAAAGAUAUAAUGUAAUAUAAUACAGUAAGGCUCUCAGACAUUCUGUAUUGCUUUCAAAUAUUUACUCUCUUGCAGCUCAACUUUUCUCAUUCAGUGUUAUCUCUGCUGAGUCAACAUACAUGUAGGCAUGAUUUACUAAGUCCUUCUUUGUGUCUUUUGGUUGGAGAAGUAACCUCUUAACAUAUGCAUGUGGCACCUUUUCACAUUAUUGAUAGAUUAAUUCAUUAAAAACACUUGGAUUUUAAUAGCUCAUCUGUGCUACAGCAAGGUUUCUGCUUAUGUUUAAAACUUCGUAACAAACUCCAGACUGUCACCCAGGAGGCAGCUGUUCAUUUUGCAUGUGAAUUUUAAUCCCAAACCAUGAUGUUUUUUGUCUCAAUCUAACCACAUGGUUUUGUUGCCAAAGCCUAAGGAAAUUAAUCUGACAACGAAGUGUUUUACCUACAUUGUCAGUUUAGUUUAAAAAAUUGUAUGUAUUUAAAGAGCAGAACUGUACAUUUCCUCUGAAAAUGGAGGUAUAAGACACAAUGCAUGUAACAAGUAUAAAUUGACAUGCCGUACAUGAACAUCCAAAACAGAUGCAGGAGGGUGCAUCAUAUUUUGACGUGUGUCUACUGGCAAAGCAGCUGUAUUUGAUGAGUUGGGAUGAGUUGGGCCCAAAGAUUUACAUCGUGAAAGAGACAUCUGUAAACCAAUGGAUACAGUUUUCAAGCAUCACAUUCCCUGCAAAUGACUUGUUUAAAUAUCAGGAUUUGAUUGAUUCAGUCCGAUUUCAAGAGUGUAGAGGGACGGCAUGCUUAAAUAAUUAUAUUCCCCUUUAAGUUAGCGCGGGUCUAAACUGGAAGUUACCUAUGGGCCCAAUGAUGUGAAAGCUCCAGGUUAUCUUACAAAUGGAAGUCGAACAUUUUUGGCCUCUUGCGCCACUGACCAAUAUUCAUAGGAAUGAAUGGGGCUCCACUGCUAAUGCUGUAUCCAGGUCUCUUUAUACAUCCACUGUAAGAAUGCGUCUGUCACAGAAAGUCUCCUAUAGUAUGUCACAUGUGUGAAAGGGCACAUUCAGAUCUCAAUCUUUAAACAUUGUCUGGAGUUCAUAUGAGAAAACAGCUUGGUUAGGAUGGGAAAUGUAGUUUUUAAUUCAUACUACACGAAACAGCCAGAUGUCAGUAUUUUUGAUCCCAACUAGCUAAAAUGUUUAAAAAUAGCAAAGUUUCUUUAUCAAAAAGUGGGGAUGCAAAAACACACCUUCGCUCCCUAGUGAGGGUCCAACUGCUCUGUUUGCUCCAAUGUUCAGGCACUUUUGUCUACUACUUGUUUUUAUGUUUUAUUUGAAUUUAUGUUUGAAAUAAAAUC